AAAGACAGAUCGCUGGUAGUAAGUAAACAACUCAACACAGAAAAACAUUAAAAAUAAAUCUCAGCCUGAUGUUUGUCCGAAAUAUUAUUCGCGUGCUUGUUGAGGUUGACGUAUUCGCGCGAAACUCAAGGAACAACCCAAACUAGAUUUCAAUCAAGAAUUCCUUUCUUUCAAGUUCCAAGAUGUUGUUACCAUGAACCUGAUGAAAUGCUAAGAAGAAAAGUCAAUAAGUCAUCUCUUCUUUCGGAAAAAAUGUGGCAAUAAUAAAAAAGGUUCACUUAUUAAAGACCCACAAUCCCAACUUCAACAUACAACAUAUCUGGAUGGAAUCGAGAACCAUGAAAUAAUAAAUUCCGCAAUACAUCUGCUUCGAAAUUUUUUAUCGCGCUAUAAUUUUGAUUAUUUAUUAGUUUAUAUGUGUGAAUAUUGUUACUCACAUACAAAAAAGAGUAAUUUUAUUCUUAUGACCCAUUUAUACAGUAUUCUUUCAAAAGUGACAUUCAAAGUUUUUCCUUUUGAUUCGCCUAAUCAGAAAAAAAGAACUUCAUUUUUGUCAUAUAUGGUCAUUUAAAUUAUAUUCAUCGUGAAAAUUUUAUUGCAAACUGCAAUUUUAGAGAUGCCUCAUGCUCAUUAUAUGCAGAACGAAGUGUUUUAAAAACGGGAUUUUCUCAUUGACCACCAGAGGGGAAACGAUAUGCAAAUGUUGUGAUAUUUUCCUAGCUUCCGAAUUUAAAGAAACGAUUACUGGUGCAUACUAAACAGAAACCACAUACGUGUGACAUUUGUAGUAAAGCAUUUUUUUUCAACAGUCAUAUUUAAAAAUUGAUAAUAUAGCAUACAAUUGGGGAAUCCAACGCUUGCAACUUUUGGAACCAAGUCCUUUCUGUGAUUUCCAAUUUCAAAAGACAUUUACGGACACAAACAAAAGAAAAUGUUUAAAUGCGAAUUUUGCAAGAUAGCCUUUUCACAAAACAGUAAUUUUAAGGUACAUUUAGUACUGCAUACGGGUGAAAAACGGUAUGCUUGUGAAUUUUGUAAUAAACCAUUUUCGGAAAAGGGGAAUUUCAAAAGACAUUUAUUGACGCAUACACUAGAAAAACAGUUUACCUGCGAGUUUUGCAAUAAAGCCUUUUCCGAAAACAGGCAAUUAAAAGUACAUUUACGUACUCAUACUGGAGAGAAACCGUAUGCAUGUGAAUUUUGUAACAUACCCUUUUCACAUAAGGUGAGUUUGAAAAGACAUUUGCGUACACAUACAGGAGAGAAACCGUAUGUAUGUGAUAUUUGUAACAAAGGCUUUUCGGAUGAUUCGAAUUUAAAAAGACAUAUCCGUACCCAUACUGGGGAGAAAUCGUAUGCAUGUGAAUUUUGUAACAAACUCUUUGCAGACAAUGGGAGUUUAAAAAAACAUUUACGUACGCAUACUGGAGAGAAACAGUAUGCAUGUGAAUUUUGUAACAAGCUUUUUUCAGAAAAGGGCAGUUUAAAAAUACAUUUACGUACACAUACAGCAGAGAAACCUUAUAGAUGUGAAUUUUGUAACAAACCAUUUUCGGAUAGAAGUAGCUGCAAGAGACAUUUACGUGCGCAUACUGGAGAGAAACCAUAUGCAUGUGAAUUUUGUAACAAACUUUUUUCAGAUAGGAAGAGUUUAAUAACACAUUUACGUACGCAUACGGGAGAGAAACCAUAUGCAUGUGAAUUUUGUAACAAACUCUUUUCAGAUAGGAAGAGUUUAAAAAAGCAUUUACGUACGCAUACGGGAGAGAAACCGCACGCAUGUGAAUUUUGUAACAAACUCUUUUCGGAUAAGAGUAGUUGCAACAGACAUUUACGUACGCAUACUGGAGAGAAACCGUAUGCAUGUGAAAAUUGUAACAAACCCUUUUCGGAUAAGACGCAAUUAAAAGUACAUUUACGUACUCAUACUGGAGAGAAACCGUAUGCAUGUGAAUUUUGUAACAUACCCUUUUCACAUAAGGUGAGUUUGAAAAGACAUUUGCGUACACAUACAGGAGAGAAACCGUAUGUAUGUGAUAUUUGUAACAAAGGCUUUUCGGAUGAUUCGAAUUUAAAAAGACAUAUCCGUACCCAUACUGGAGAGAAACAGUAUGCAUGUGAAUUUUGUAACAAGCUUUUUUCAGAAAAGGGCAGUUUAAAAAUACAUUUACGUACACAUACAGCAGAGAAACCUUAUAGAUGUGAAUUUUGUAACAAACCAUUUUCGGAUAGAAGUGGUGGCAGAGAUAUGCGGACGGGCGGGCAAGACAAAUCCGACAGGGGAGCAAGCACAAUAUCUCUAAAUUGGCUGCAAAAUAACUCAUGA